ACAAAAAAGCUGCAAUAUUAAAUUUCCUUAAUUUCGGGAACACAAAAAAGAGGGAAAAAAAGGAAAAAGGAAAAUAAAAAGGAAGAAGAAGGUGGUCUAUUUCCUUACCAGGUUCCGAGCUGACGUGGUCAUUCCCUGUCACUUCUAUCCUCCGCUGGCCUUUAAAGCCGAAUUCCACGCUCACGAGACCGCAUACAUCUGUUCAUCUUCAUCUUCAUCUUCAUCUGCCCACCAUUACAAGAUCUUGGGUGAUUAAAAACUUUGAUAGGAUGGAAACUACAGGGGGAUAAACUGUUGAAGUUCUAUGGCCUUGACUGAUAUCUGGGCAAUGUUUGGGGAAAACAAUUUUGGGUGCACAGAAAGAGGUGGUAAUCUGCAGGCAACACUAAAGGAAAACUACUCUAAGGGCAGAACUUCUGGAAUGGCACUUGAAUCAGAUUGGAUAAAACAUAGAAAAUCAUCAGUGUAUACUGUUCAAGUGAUCCGUUCUACAACAUCUUUCAUUCCUUGGACUUGUAAAAUCCCUAUGGGUGAUGGGUAUCACGAAUUUCUGUAGUCAAUUCUGUUGUUCCGAGUAUUGGUAUUUGCGUCUGAGGGAUACGGCUGAUCAAAUAUGAGAAUUGAGUACAUUUCUCAAUAUCUAUGCAGCUGCUCAGUAUAGAGAAUGCUUGGUUUUGAGGGUGGAAAGAAGAGAUUUGCAGUUUCAAAUAUGUGUUUCUCUAAUUCUGUCCAGAAAGAUGCACUGUUUUGUUCAAAAAGCAGUUGUUGUUCAGGUCUACAGGUCACUAAUGAAUUCGUUGAGUCUUACAAUCCAAUUUUACCUGGGCUGCCUGAUGAUGUGGCAAAAUAUUGCCUUGCCCUUGCUCCUCGUUCUAACUUCCCAGCUAUGGGUGCCGUAUGCAAGAAAUGGAGAUCGUUUAUUCGGAGCAAAGAAUUCAUCACUGUGCGAAAACUGGCUGGUGUGCUUGAGGAAUGGCUCUAUGUCUUGACUCUGGAUGACGAAGAAAAGGAGAGCCACUGGGAGGUUUUAGAUUGUUUGGGACACGGGCAUAAGGUUCUUUCACCAAUGCCUGGCCCAAUGAAGACUGGUUUUGGGGUGGUGGUUCUCAAUGGAAAGCUUCUUGUCAUGGCUGGCUUUUCAGUGGAUGAUGGGACUACCUCUGCCUCGGCUGAUGUUUACCAAUAUGACUCUUGCCUCAACAGCUGGAGCAAACUAGCAAACAUGAAUGUGGGCCGCUAUGACUUUGCUUGUGCUGAAGUUAAUGGCAUGGUUUAUGCAGUGGGGGGCUAUGGAGUUGAUGGUGAUAGCCUUUCUAGUGUUGAGGUGUACAAUCCCGAUGCUGACAAAUGGACCCUAAUAGAGAGCCUUCGCCGUCCCAGGUGGGGCUGUUUUGCUUGUGGGUUUGAGGGAAAGCUCUAUGUAAUGGGUGGAAGGUCGAGCUUUACAAUUGGAAAUUCAAGGUUUGUUGACGUAUACAACCCCGAGAGACACACCUGGUGUGAAAUGAAGAACGGCUGUGUAAUGGUCACUGCUCAUGCUGUGCUGGGAAAGAAGCUCUUCUGUAUGGAGUGGAAGAACCAGCGGAAACUGGCCAUUUUCAACCCUGAGGACAACUCGUGGAAGAUGAUUCCUGUUCCACUGACUGGAAGCUCUUGUAUUGGGUUUCGGUUCGGGAUUUUGGAUGGAAAGCUUUUGCUGUUCUCCCAGGAGGUGGAUCCUGGCUACCGAACCCUACUCUAUGAUCCGGAUGCAGCCCCUGGUUCAGAGUGGCAGACUUCCGAGAUCAAGCCGUCUGGGUUGUGCUUAUGCAGCGUGACAAUCAAAGCUUGAGAGGCAUGUUUUCUGAUAGUUGGACAUCUUUUUGUACUCUGCAAUGUUAUUGUAAUACUUGCUGAGCCUUGUUGCAUUGACCGAGUUAGGAUGGUUUGGUUUGGUUUGGUUUGACUUUCAGUUGAUUGGAGUAGCAGGUUUUGUACCUAAUCUGCGUUUGUUUGGUUUUAGUAGUUAAUUAAUUUCACUGGAUUUUGGUUCA